AUGCUGUCGGAUGAAAUCCAAGCUUGGAAAAAUAAUUUCUUUAUACCAACUCGAUUAGAAUGUGAUGCAAGCCCAGAAUGGUUUUCUAAUUAUACUUGCAAUAUUAAGCCAGUAUCAAGGACUAGAAAAAUUAUAAUUGCGAGAGCUGAAAUAAGGAAACCGAUCAACAAAAUUUUCGUGAAAAUUCAAGUUUUCAAACGUUUUAGUGGCUGGCAACCAUAUUUAAUUAAUCAUUUAUUUGAAGCUUGUGCAUUCCUUGGUGGUAAAAAAACCUCGAACAUUUUAUAUAAUAAUUUUUAUAAAAUCAUUAAACCACUUUUUGAUAAAUAUACCAACAUAAAUCACGAAUGUCCUUACAACGGUACAGUUGAACUAUAUGAAGUUGAUUAUAACAAAAUUGAUAUACCGACUGCAAAAGGAACAAUAUUUCCAAGUGGUUAUUACAAGGCUGUUGGAAAAAUAUAUGAAGCGAAUAAUUCGUAUAUUGGGAGUGCGGUUUUUCAAGGAAUUGUUAAAGAAACUCAAACUUAA